AUGUUUAUGGUGCCUCUGUUUUGUUUUAUUUUUGGAAAGCAAACAUGUCUGAAAAUGUGUAUAUUAAGUUGGCACCCCUUAAGUCACUGACUCGCCUGAUGACGUUUUCAAAAGUCAAGGUGGUUUGCCUUCUGAUGGUCUUGACACUGACGCUUCUCAUUAUGGCUUCCUACAACCUGACGUGGGACAGGAUAAGACUUCCCUUCACCACCUCACCCGAUCAGGUCAGGCCUGGGGUCGUCCAGUCAAACACAGCAGCAGCUGAAGUUUCCUCUCAAAACAGUUUAAUAGACAUGAAACAGCUGGUGGAGAUCAUUAACUCCAAACUGGAAUACACACCCAGGAAGGUGCCUGAUGAAAAAGAUGUCAUUGAAAUGGACUCUCAUUUGUUCUCUGUAAUUCCUCGCCAUUUCCUGCCUGGUGUCAAGAGCCCUUGCUGGUAUGAGGAGAUCUCCAGUGAACGCAGCACUGAUCCAUACAGGAAUAACCACUAUUGUCCUGGCUCACCAACCAGAGAGACUUUGUGUGACAUUAUGAGGCCAAACUUCCACAAGCACUUACAACACAGAGAUGGCAAAUUGUUUCGUUUGCGCUGCUUGCCGUACUUCUACAUCAUUGGCCAACCAAAGUGUGGCACAACUGACUUGUACUCCAGGCUGCGAAUGCAUCCAGAGGUCCAGUACAGCAUCAUAAAGGAACCACAGUGGUGGACCAGGAGACGCUGUGGUUAUACCCACAUCCAAAGUGCCUUCAAAGGCAUUUUUCCUGUGGAAGAUUACCUGGAUCUGUUUGACAAGGCAGCCCAACACAUCCAAGAAGAAAUGACUCGAAAUUCAUCUGGAGACCACCACAUAACCCAGUUUGUAACAGUUGAAGCCAGUGGCGCCAUUAUGUGGGACAACCAAGUCUGGCGGUAUGUUCACAGAGACAGGAAGGAGACAGAGCCCGGUUUUCUGACCCAGGACUUCAUCCACGCACUGCAGCCUGGUGCCAAACUCAUUAUCAUCCUGAGAGAUCCUGUAGAGAGGCUUUAUUCUGACUACCUGUAUUUUAGGAGGGACAAAAAGACAGUAAAGGACUUCCAUCAGAAGGCCAUGAAGUCUGUCCAGUUGUUUCAGUCCUGUCUAUCUGAAUGGUCACUUCGUUCCUGCGUCCACAACAUAAGCCUCCUCAGAGCCAUGCCGGUGAAGCUUCAUGUGGGGCUAUACGUUAUCUUCUUACUGGACUGGCUGACAGUUUUCCAUCGGGACCAGAUUCUAGUUCUUCGACUAGAGGACUACUCAGCCGACCUGAGAGCGACAUUACAGAAAGCUUUUGAUUUUCUGGGUCUAAGUCCUCUGUCAGUGGAGCUGGAGGAAGAACUGAUCGAAAAGCAUGUGUCAAACAGCCGACGGGUGAAGGACAGAAAACUAGGUCCUAUGUUUCCAGCCACCAGAGACCUCCUCAGGGAAUUUCACCAGCCCUUCAACCAUAAACUGGCCAGUGUGUUGGACAACAAUGCCUUCCUCUGGAGUUACCCCUGAAGGGAUAUGAGCGUGGAUGAAACAUGGACGGCUGUGAAUGAACACAUGAAACCCUUAAAAUAGAUCAAAUUGAUGGAAAUCAUGUGGGAAUGGU